CGGCGCCGCCUCUCCCCGCCCACCCCGCCGGCGCGGACGCGCGACCCCACCCGCCCGGGCCCGCGGGCCUUGCGCAGGGAGCCGCCGGCGACAUGGUGGGGCUCUGGCUGUGGCUGGUCGGGCAGAGGCUGCUGCUCUGGGGCGCGGCGAGCGCCGUCUCCCUGGCCGGCGCCUCCCUCCUCCUGAGCCUCCUGCGGGUGGUGGCGAGCUACGCGCGGAAAUGGCAGCAGAUGAGGCCCAUCCCCACGGUGGCCCGCGCCUACCCCUUGGUGGGACACGCGCUGCUGAUGAAGCCCGACGCGCAAGAAUUUUUUCAGCAGCUAAUUCAGUACACAGAAGAAUAUCGCCAUGUGCCACUGCUGAAACUCUGGCUUGGGCCAGUGCCGAUGGUGGCCCUUUAUCAAGCAGAAAAUGUGGAGGCAAUUUUGGCUAGUUCAAAGCAAAUUGACAAAUCCUUUGUGUACGAGUUUCUAGAACCGUGGCUUGGCCUAGGACUUCUUACAAGUACCGGAAACAAAUGGCGCUCCAGGAGAAAAAUGUUAACACCCACUUUCCAUUUUACUAUUCUGGAAGAUUUCUUAGAUAUCAUGAAUGAACAAGCAAAUAUAUUGGUUAAUAAGCUUGAAAAACAUGUUAACCAAGAAGCAUUUAACUGCUUUUUUUACAUCACUCUUUGUGCCUUAGAUAUAAUCUGUGAAACAGCUAUGGGGAAGAAUAUUGGUGCUCAAAGUAAUGAUGACUCUGAGUAUGUCCGUGCAGUCUAUAGGAUGAGUGAUUUGAUAUUCCGAAGAAUGAAGAUGCCCUGGCUUUGGCUUGAGUCUUGGUACCUUAUGUUUAAGGAAGGAUGGGAACACAAGAAGGGUCUUAAGAUCCUACAUACUUUUACCAACAAUGUCAUCGCUGAACGGGCCAAUGAAAUAAAGACAGAUGAGGAAGGGAAAGGGAAUGACACGGGCUCUGCCCCCUCCAAAAAUAAACGCAGGGCUUUUCUUGACUUGCUUUUAAGUGUGACUGAUGAGGAAGGAAACAAGCUAAGUCAUGAAGCUAUCCGGGAGGAAGUGGACACCUUCAUGUUUGAGGGCCACGACACAACUGCAGCUGCAAUCAACUGGUCCUUAUACCUAUUGGGUUCUAAUCCAGAAGUCCAGAAAAAAGUGGACAGAGAGUUGGAUGAAGUGUUUGGGAAGUCUGAUCGUCCUACUACUGCAGAAGACCUGAAGAAACUGAAAUAUCUGGACUGUGUUAUUAAGGAGACCCUUCGCCUGUUUCCUUCUGUUCCUUUAUUUGCCCGCACCCUUAAUGAAGACUGUGUAGUGGCGGGUUACAGAGUCCCAAAAGGCACCGAAGCCGUCAUCAUUCCCUAUGCAUUGCAUAGAGAUCCAAAAUACUUCCCCAAUCCUGAAGAAUUCCAGCCAGAACGCUUCUUUCCCGAGAAUGCACAAGGACGCCAUCCAUACUGCUAUGUGCCCUUCUCUGCGGGGCCCAGGAACUGUAUAGGUCAAAAGUUCGCCAUCAUGGAAGAAAAGACCGUUCUUUCCUGCAUCCUGCGGCACUUUUGGGUAGAAUCAAACCAGAAAAGAGAAGAACUUGGCCUGGCAGGACAAUUGAUUCUUCGUCCAUGUAAUGGCAUCUGGAUCAAGUUGAAGAGGAGAAAUGCAGAUGAAUCCUAACUAUGUUAUUGGAUUGUGCCUUUAUCACGAAGAAGAUCUUUCCUUAAGAGUUACUUGGCAUUUUCAAUUUAUGGAUCAUGAGCUCAAUAUUCUUAAAUCCCUGGGCCUAAUUUUUUCUUGUCUCCACUGAUCUUGGGUUAAAUCUACCAAA